CGUGGCUUGUCGGUGUUGCCGCGUCGCGCCGGAAGUGACGUCAGUUUAAAGCGCCCAAAAUGGCGGCGCUGAAGGUGCUGGUGGGGGUGAAGCGCGUGAUCGAUUUCGCCGUCAAGGUGCGCGUGGCCCCGGGCGGGGCCGGGGUGCAGACGCAGGGGGUGAAGCACGGCCUGAACCCCUUCUGUGAGAUCGCCCUGGAGGAGGCCGUGAGGCUCCGGGAGGGGGGAAAGGCCUCAGAGGUGAUUGCUGUGUCCCUGGGGACCAAGGCCAGCCAGGAGACUCUCCGUACUGCCCUCGCUGUGGGCGCUGACCGCGCUGUCCUGGCCGAAGUCACCGAGGGCGCGGCCCCGGGUCCCCUGGAGGUGGCCUCGGCGCUGGCGGCGCUGGCGCGGCGGCUGCAGCCGCAGCUGGUGCUGCUGGGAAAGCAGGCCAUCGAUGACGAUUGCAACCAGACCGCGCAGCUCCUGGCCGCCAUGUUGGACUGGCCGCAGGGCACGUUCAUCUCGCGGCUGGAGCUGGAGUCGGGCGCGGUUCGGGUGCAGCGGGAGGUGGACGGAGGGCUGGAGACGCUGCGGCUGCGGCUGCCGGCCGUGCUGAGCGCCGACCUGCGGCUCAACGAGCCGCGCUACGCCACGCUGCCCAACAUCAUGAAAGCCAAGAAGAAGCCCCUGGAGGUGAUCCCAGCCUCCGACCUGGGGGUCUCGGGGGGCCCCUCCCGCCUCAAGGUGCUGCAGGUGCAGGAGCCCCCGGCCCGGGCAGGGGGGGAGAAGGUGGAGAAUGUGGAGACCCUGGUGGAGAAACUGAGGCAGAGCGGCCGAAUCUGAGCCUCCCAGUUCAUCCCAGUUUGUCCCAGUUCCCAUUAAGAAACCGCCAUUGUCUCUGUCUCCCCCUGGUGGCGGCUUUGGGAACUGCGCCCUGUUCCCAGUCCCUCCCAGUCCCUCCCAGUCCCUCCCAGUUCAUCCCAGUCCCUCCAGACUAGGCUGCAGUCCUCUCCCAGUGCCUCCCAGUUCAUCCCAGUUCAUCCCAGUCCAUCCCAGUUCCCAUUAACAAACCGCCAUUGUCUCUUUGUCUCCCCCUGGUGGCGGCUUUGGGAACUGCGCCCUGUUCCCAGUCCCUCCCAGUAACUCCCAGUCCCUCCCAGUCCCUCCAGACUGGGCUGCAGUCCUCUCCCAGUGCCUCCCAGUAACUCCCAGUCCCUCCCAGUCCAUCCCAGUUCAUCCCAGUCCAUCCCAGUUCCCAUUAACAAACCGCCAUUGUCUCUCUGUCUCCCCCCGGUGGCGCCUUUGGGAACUGCGCCCUGUUCCCAGUCCCUCCCAGUCCCUCCCAGUUCAUCCCAGUGAGGCUCCAGCUGCUGGACCAGUAAGGACCAGUAAGGAGGAGCUGGUCCCAGUUUGGUGCUGCUGGGUCUGGGAAUGGUUCUGGUCACUGCUCCCCUCCCCCCACCCCCAACUGGUGCCUUUUGGCCUGGACCAGUUUGUCCCAGUUCAUCCCAGUUCAUCCCAGUGUCAUCCCAGUAACAUCCCAGUACAUCCCAGUGCUCUCCCAGUUCAUCCCAGUGCCAUCCCAGUACAUCCCAGUGCUCUCCCAGUUCAACCCAGUGAUGUUUCAGUGCCAUACGAGUUCAUACCAGUGCCUUCCAGUUCAUCCCAGUACCUCCCAGUUCAUCCCAGUCUCCUCCCAGUUCAUCCCAGUUCAUCCCAGUCCAUCCCAGUC